AGAAAAUUGGAAGCAAAAUUGAAGCGUGGACGGGUGCGCUGUGGUUGCAGAGUGCAGUGACGGGUAUGUUUGCAGUCCACACGAACACCAUCGUCUUCUUAUCUAUCUCAUCCCUUCUCAUCCCAUUCAUCCCCGGAACUCUUAUGCUACGCCGCCAUUUUUCUCUUCUAAAUCCUCUUAUUCUAUUAUUUCUUUCACUGUACCUGCACUUCGCCUCAUACACACCGCAAGGCAUGUUUCACACUCUGCUCGUUAUAAAUCGUGUUUCUGCUCUCAAUUACUACCACUUUUACUAUAUAUUAACUAAAUUUUGGAACUUGACUAAUGACAACUACUGGAUUGAAUCUGGAGGUGAGGACAUACACAUACUUAUACUAUUGUUAUAUUGUAUGUAUGAAUGGCAACGUGGGGUGCACAUUCAAUGUUGUUAUCCCAUGGGGAAGGCACAUGCGCUCCCAACGUAUCUGUAAAAGCAGGCCUUACUGUUAGAGGCGAUUUAAGGUUUCACAGAACGAGAAAAUUUAAAUAUGCUCCUCGAGUGGUAGUGCUCAAAGUGUUUUACACUGCCAGAAAGCCAACACGUUUGUGCUUGUUUAAACCUUAUUGUAGUUUAGGGGGGAAACACAACCAAGGGAUGGAUUAUUCUUCACGUGCUACUACUAUACAAGUACCACGGAUAUUCAAAUUCCUUGCUGACCGAAUGCUUGUUGUUCUCAAUUAUUGGAAUUGGAAUAAUUUACGCAUCAUGGGAAUAGCUGGCUUAUUGGUAUCAAUUUUAAUGAUCACUCCAUCAGCUGAUGCUGUUGAUGCUCUUAAAACUUGUGCUUGCUUAUUGAAGGAUUGCAGGUUGGAACUGGCUAAGUGUCUUUCAAACCCAUCUUGUGCUGCCAAUAUUGCCUGUCUCCAAACUUGCAACAAUCGACCUGAUGAGACUGAAUGUCAAAUUAAAUGUGGGGACCUGUUUGAAAACAGUGUGGUUGAUGAAUUCAAUGAGUGUGCAGUCUCACGGAAGAAAUGUGUACCUAAGAAAUCUGAUGUGGGAGAAUUUCCUGCUCCAAAUCCUGAUGUCCUUGUUAAUAGCUUCAACAUUGCGGAUUUCAGUGGCAAAUGGUUCAUCACUAGUGGCUUAAAUCCUACCUUUGAUGCCUUUGACUGCCAAUUACACGAGUUCCACACAGAAUCCAAUAAGCUUGUGGGUAAUUUGACAUGGAGAAUACGGACUCCGGAUGCUGGAUUUAUUACUAGGUCCGCUGAACAGAAAUUUGUUCAAGAUCCUUCCUAUCCUGGGAUCCUAUACAAUCAUGACAACGAGUACCUUCACUAUCAAGAUGACUGGUAUAUUUUGUCAUCAAAGAUUGAGAAUAAACCAGAUGACUACGUAUUUGUAUACUACCGAGGCAGAAACGAUGCAUGGGAUGGUUAUGGAGGUGCUGUUGUGUACACAAGAAGUGCAGUUUUGCCAGAAUCUAUAGUUCCUGAACUUGAAAGAGCAGCCAAGAAUGUAGGAAGAGACUUUAGCAAAUUCAUCAAGACAGAUAACACAUGUGGACCAGAGCCUUCCCUGGUGGAAAGGUUGGAGAAAAAGGUAGAGGAAGGAGAGGAGACCAUUGUGAAGGAAGUUGAACAGUUAGAAGAAGAGGUGGAGAAGGUGGGGAAAACAGAGGUCACAUUGUUUCAGAAGUUGGCAGAAGGGUUCAAAGUAUUUCAAGAAGAUGAGGAAAACUUCUUGAAAGGGCUUUCAAAAGAAGAAAUGGAGAUACUUAAUGACCUCAAAAUGGAAGCCAGAGAAGUAGAGAAGCUCUUUGGAAAUGCCUUGCCCAUAAGGAAACUAAGAUAAGUCUGAAAACUAUGUCCAAGAUAAGUUGGCGUCAAAAUCUUUUUGAUCAUCUUAAUUUUCUCUUUGCUUUUUUAUUCAUUCACUAUAUAUAUAUAUAUAUAUAAUAUGGAUUUAGGUGUCCUUCCUUCUCAGCCAUUGCUUUUAUGUUGACAUAUACCAGUUAACAUUCAAAUAUUUGUAAACGCAAUUAUCAUUAUUGUAUAUAUGCAGACUAUUAGCUGUACCUCUGGCUCCUUUUAUGUAUUCAACCUCAAUUUUUUUCCUCCUCAAACCC